CUUGUCCAUUCAGAACCUGCUCAGGAUUUUUCCUCCAUUAUAGAGUCUUUGAUCCCUGAUGGGGAAAAAGAGCUGGUUAAGAGGCAGCAGCAAACAAAGGGUAAGUAAGACAGAACUAAAAGGAACUCGCACUCUAAGGGACAGUUGGCAACUGAGACUUUGUUCCUUUCUCUCCACCUCCAACACAACUCCCCUAUUUUGUUUUUGUACCAUUUUCCUUCUUCUUUAUGGAACUCAAGGUUUUUCUCAUAGUAACUGACUUCAAUAAAGAAAAGGGCUUAGCUUAGGACCUUUUUUUAACUGAAAAAUAACCUUACAGAAAGCACUCGAGACACGCCGGAGUUCCACUCUAACCCCAUCAAAAUGUUUUACCACCAUGGCAAAAUUUCUCAGUCCUCCGAUUUCAACCCUAACAGUCCUCAAAUGCGCCCAAUUGUACCGCUUGAGAGAUCAGAGGCAAAUAUGUUUUACUCAUAGGUCCUUGAGUCGGUAGAAUAAAAAGUUCUACGAGGAAUGUACGCCAAAACACUUUCAGACUAACCUAUUCUUAGGUGCCCGCACAGCUUUAUACUGCGGACAGUUUUCUUUGAUCCAAAGAUAAUGAUAUUCAAAAUUUCCUAAAUUCUAAAUUACGCGCAUCUUCUCUAUGCAAAUUGUAGCUUGGUUAAUAAAGGCACAUGAAAGACUACAAGGUUCGACAAGGAUUACGGUUAAAAAAAGUUUUUUGCUGAUUGCAUUCCCACGACUGUAGUUGAACGGCUGAACGCUAUCUAAUCCCCGCGCAAAUAAUUUUUCUGCUCUCAGGAAAGGUCAUUACCAGAACUACUCGCCAAAACGCUAACGCGAAGGUCAUUAAGCGCCCGGCUAGCUCAGUCGGUAGAGCAUGAGACUCUUAAUCUCAGGGUCGUGGGUUCGAGCCCCACGUUGGGCGCAGGUUUUUUUUUUCUUUUUUGUUUGGUUUAAAAGAAGCUUGUUCCAUGAAAUUAAAAUAAAGUAAAUUAUAACAACAAAGACAAAAUAAUUCACUUAUUCAAUGAACUUGUUUAAAGUUUCGCUUUGACUCUGUAGCGAUGUCGACCAAGAUGAUUUGAUUCUGUUUCUCGAGCUUAGUUAAUCUAACCUUCCUUUGCGUCAAUUUGUAAGUGCAAUGUGAGCUACGUAAAUACAGUACAAUAAUUGGGUCAAUGAUUAGUGCAAAAUCAGUCUUGUGAUAACAUUAUAGAUUAAAAGGAUUAUUGGAGUUGGUUGGUGGAAUCUUUCUAAAUUAAAAUGAAGAAAAAAAAUCAGUUUUAGGGAAGUUUAACUGAUGCUUGGACUCUUGGUGACUUCAAAAGAUGUUAAAGUACUAGCGAUGACGAAUUAUUAACAGUAAGAAACGUAAGGCAUCCGAACAAUAGGGGGAAAAAGGCUUUUUAUCCUUCCUUGAUCUAAACUAAUAUGCUCACUGGAUAAUCCCUCCGUACAUAUCUUACUGUUAUCGGACGCGCUCCAACAACCAGCUAUGGAGGCUGGAAGUGAGAACGAUCACAAUGUUUGACUCUUACGAUACGGACUAUACUAAUAUCGCACAGGACGGAUGGGUCUGGUUUUGUACAUCAGAGUCGAGCUUCCAUGUGCGACCAUCCCUCGUAAGAGACCACCUCCCAUAAGCGACCAAUUAUCCAAAAACCUCAAAAUUUCCCAGUCAAAAUAAGCAAAACCUCUAGUAAACGACUACCUCUCGUAAGCCACCGCGACCAGUUUAUGGCCUAACGGUUUUAUUAUUUUUCAAUGUUUUUAACCUCUUGUUAGCGAUCACUUGACGUACGAUGUCUCUGUUCACGGUAUGUACUACGCCGCUCAGAGUAUAACGAGAACUUUCAGUAACAACAUGGAACUAUACUUACACGAAACUUAGAAAUUGCAUGUAAUAAAUUAUCUUACAAAAUUUAGAUGUGUCAGGACUUCUUCUCGGAAGAGAACCCUUGUUUGUCGAUUCUCGUAAGCGACCACGAAAUCUUCACAUUUUGGCUUGUCGCUUAUGGGAGGUUCGACAGUACGCGUACGUUUACCCAGUAAAGCUUUUAGAAAAAAAAUCCUAACUGAACCUUCGGUUGAAAGACCCAAUUCGCAAGGGUAGAAUGGUUAUUUUUUUUUUCCUUAAGGUACUUUUAAACUGUUUAUUCUAGAUGAAAGAGACAACGAGGAGAUCAAUGAACUAAGCCGGCUUCAGGACCCAGCUGUCACUCAGGACCCGCCCCAGGUGGGUGGAGCCAUAAGCGAUGGGGACUCUAACAAGGAAAACUUGAACUCUCCUGGUGGACAUGCCCAGGUCCCCAGUGACCAAAAAGAGACAGGAUCGAACGCUUUGGCCAACAUUUCGGAAUUUUUGAGAAACAAAGAAGGCGACGCAACCAUUCCAGGUAGAAACUGAUAUCAGAAGCAAAAGAUAAAUGUACUUUUAAUACAACCAGACGUAUUUAACUUACCGAAUGCAGACAUCCUGGUUUAGACCGAACACCUUUUUGCGAGGAAUGCUGUGGUCGCAUUAAAUUUCACUUACAUGACCGUAACUUACCUAUCUAUCUUUUAAAGCACACACCUCUUUAAAGUAGGAACUGGUGGCUGGCUGGUGUUAGCUCAGUGUCACUCGUUAAACUUUCUGGGACUGAUAUUUCCACAAGAAAGGUGGUUAACUGGUCUAAGCUUAUUUUCACUUACUUGCCUUAACUCAGUAAACUCGCCGUGAGGCAGACACCUUUCAGUCUAAGAUGGACAUCCCCGGUUGACUGACCGAGGUUUAAUUUCACUUGUUUGUGCGCAACGCAAAAAAACUCUUUUCUCUUAUUAAAACAACGAACAGCGCCCAUCGAAGCGCGCGGGCUCCGAAAAUGGGGUUAUACCGGCCGCGCAAACAAGAGGAAACGGCUUUCUUUCGCAGUAAAAUGUUACACUGCGAAGCAUAUUGAAGUUGGUUUUACAAUUAAACGCGAUUUUCAAACGGAAGGUCUUCAACAAUUUGAAAGCGGAGAGUGAGACGGGCAGAUCUGCUAACUAAUUGUUCAACAGGAACAGUUUUUGGUCGAUUUUCUCAAAAUGUCUUUCUACUUUUUAGUGAAUGGAGAUUUCACUCUGUGGACGCCAUGGUCUACCUGUCCUGAUGCGUGUGGGCGAACGGCCCUGAGAUCACGUGAGCGCUAUUGUACUAACCCAGCGCCCGCGAAUGGUGGAAAAAACUGCGAAGGACCUAGAUUUCAACUAAAAUUGUGUAAAAUAAAGCAAUGUGCAGGUUUGCGUACUUUUUCUGUUGUUGCUGUCAAAGUAAUGUGUACAUCUCAUCAAACAAAAGAUUGAGUUAAAAUGCCUACCGGUACUACAAUGGGAUGGCCAGGCACAGAUAACACAAGAAUCAAAGGCAAUGUUUGUUAGUUUUUCUCCUGUCCAAGCUAAAGUGAGAUGAUUUAGUUUGUAUCAAUAAUUAAAAGGGUACUGAAAUAUAACGUAUACCCGGAUUUGGCAAGAAAACAGAGCUAACUCCUCAAAAAAGUAUUGACUGAUAGAACCCAUUCCAACCAUUUCUUGAAAUACAGUUGACUCCCGAUAACUCGAACCCUCGCUAACUCGAACCUCGCGCUAACUCGAACCAAAAUCGAUUUCCCCUGGAUUUCCGUCAUACAUUUACGGUAAUUUUACCCUCGGUAACUCGAACCCUCGAUAACUCGAAACUCCCGCUAACUCGAAGUAAUUUUUGUUUCCCCUCAGAUCAUUUCUAUAUAAUUUUACCCUCGAUAACUCGAACCAUGUUAUGAGCCCUUAAAAAGUCGGGAAAAAAGAGUGCGCUGCCUCCAAAACAUUGAAUUUUGAAUUUCCCAUUGACGUGUUGUAGGCAUAUAGUCUACUAGUGGAUCGAUAGUGGAGGCUGAUGUUGUUUGCCACAAAUCUAACGUGAAAUAGCUUUACUUCUCAAAAAGUAAAAUGCAUGCUCUAUUUAGGCAACGUUUUGUUACUUUACGUUCUGAUUUAUAAUCUAACAGUAUCUCUCAAUUUUCACUCAACAUUUUUACAAUUAAAUGUGCAGUAAAAACUGUUUUUUUCCUUACUCCCGGCUAUUUUCUUCGAGCUCCCGAUAACUCGAACCUUUUCGAUUUCCCUUGAAGGUUCGAGUUAUCGGGAGUCGACUGUACUGUUGAAAUGACGCGGACUCAAGUGCUAUAGAGCAAUGCAUUGUUUGUCUACCAUUUUGCACGUGUUAGACUUGGGGCUGAAACGAUGAGGUUGUACCCGUUCUCGCUGGAACAAGGGAGGCACAUGCUCUGAAAAGGAGAUUGAAUUGUAGUAAUUAUAUAACCAAGAAACCAAUGUGCAUGCAGAUUCGCCCAACAGGUAGUUGCAAGGGUAAGAGACGCGGUCAGAGCCGCUACCUCUCACGUAGGAACGAAAAGAAAACGUAAAAACUGAAGGAAACCUUUCUUUGAAAUACGUUCCUCAGACUGUUUAGAUCAGUCAUAUCCUAAGUCGAGUAAAUGUAUGUGGUGAAAUAAAUGGCUAGUUUAGUCACGUUCCCUGUAUUCAACUUCAAUUCCAAGUGAGACAAAAAUAUAGAAAUGCCUUAACGGGAUUUAGUAAAAGAGUUUGUGAGUUACGUUUCUUGACGCUUGCAGUAAAUGGAGGUUUCUCAUCUUGGUCCCACUGGAGCCAUUGUUCUCAGAAAUGCGGACAAGGAAUGAAGCAUCGACGCCGCUAUUGCAACAACCCGAAACCGGCGAACGGUGGACAGACCUGUAAGGGAUCUCACAAACAGGCCAAACCAUGCUAUGGCCGACGCUGCCAAGGUACUGAUCAGUGAGACUGUACUCUGCACAUGUAUCCUUGGUUGGCAACCAUGUGAGAAGGCGGCCAUGUUGAUGGUCAACACAAUAGAAUUUUUUCUCGAAGAAUUUACAUGAGAUUACCAGAGGAGAGAAAUGCGUUUUUUCUUCACCACCAACAUGGCAGCCGUCACACGUACAAACCAGCAAUUGGUGUUGUCGUGUCAAAUCAUGCACCAAUUCUUGGUACGCAAGACUCCUUCCGCGGCUAUCCGUUUUAACCUUUCGGUAUUUUCAAAUGAAAACUAUUAUCGUCUAAUCAAGGUCUGAUCUCUUUACAGAACUUAUGUACGGCCCUAGCUUUUUCGAGAAUCGAUUUCUUUUGUACACUAAAUUCAUUCAUUUCUCUGAUUUCUGCUUCCUUAAGUUACCUCACACCAAAACUAUGCCUCACAACCAUAUCUCUUAGACUAAAACUUAAUACUUUCCGUCCCCGUUGUACUCUUUUAUUAACUAAUGUGUUUUUUCUUCUCUCAGGUAAUUUUUAUUUCUGCUUUGUUUCCAUUUCAUUAGCAUACAUUACUAUACCCAAAAACAAAAGAAAAACAAAAAUUACCUGAGAUAAAAAAAUUAACUACAACAUACAAAAACAGGAGCUCAAAUACUCGAUACUCUCUCUUUCAAACGUGGGGGAAUGACCUUGGGUAAUUGCACAGGAGUCUGAUUUCAAAGUCAUGCCACAUUCAGUGAUCUCAGGUAAAAAAAAUUGAAAGUGAUGAAUGUUUUGCGUAGUGAGACAGGUUUUACUCUUGGAUUUUUUUCUUAUAUAUGCAAGUUCUUAACUCAAUAAACAACCUUUUGUAAGUUCGAAUGUCACGAUAAAUGAUUUAGUUUGUGACUGACAUGUUGAGGUGGUCACAUUGGGGUGACGUACAUUGUAAGAUAGGUGUAUGCUAAAAAUAACCUAGACGAGAACAUAUCACCCAUGGCGUCUCCUGCGCAAUACUCUCUCACAGUAGUUUUGCUUUUAAGGUUUACCUUUUUCCAUUUUUUUACAGAUCAAGACUCUAUAGUUGAUAUAGACCCUCAGACAGUAUGUGGAUAUAAUCCCUGUGCAGUGGCAAAGUGCAUAUUAUUACCGUACGCAACGUGUGUCAGUGAUUUUAAAUGUAGGCCGGUUUUCUUUGAUUCUGAAGAAAGAAAGGUUCCACAGUGUUCAGGUGAGUGAGCUAUGUUUGGUUAAAUUUUAACGGCGAAGUUGCUCAGAAAUCAUCGUGGGUUCCCAUUAAGGUUCUUUAGCCCAGUCAUCCCUACCCAACUUUUCCCUCAAUCCAGUAAUCUCGAUGCGGCAUCCCGUGUAUACCUUCGAUCCCGAAAUUCACUCCAUUUUUGAAAUCCCGAAUCCCGGGAUUCAAACAACGAAAAACCUAUUAGGGACUAACUUCACAGAUACUCUAAACCGGCCAUAUGUUGAAGCAAGAUCCCUAAACCGCUUGUGAGGGACUUCAUAAUAUAAAUACCUUUUCAAGCUGAAAGAAGACUUUGAUACACAACUAAUGCGGGGCUAUAAAAAUGUGAUUCAAAUGACAUAUUCUAACGCAGAAAAUCUAGUCCCUUCCUUGUGCUCACUUAUGGUUUGGCAAUGUCUUCCAGAAAACUUAUCCUACGGCAAUGAGGUUUGAAAACUGAUAAGAAAAAGUAAAAAUGAAGGGAAGAGAGCGGAGAGGAAAGAGAUAAUAACUAUGCUUCAUGCGCGCCGCUUGAAAUCACAAAUGAACUGAUCUCCCUUUGAACCAGAAAUGAAAGCAGUUUCCAAAUUUCAAAAUAAUUUUGCAUUUGCCACUUUAUGUCAAGAUCGGGUGCUUAAGUGGGUCAAAAGCAAUAUAGUACACGACAAAAGUAAACUUUUUUGGCAAAAGUAAAGCGCCCAACGUGGGGCUCGAACCCACGACCCUGAGAUUAAGAGUCUCAUGCUCUACCGACUGAGCUAGCCGGGCACAUUCAUAAACGGCUUUUCAACUUUAAAGUAAACAAUUGGUAAAAGAUUCAGGUGACGAAAGGCGCUGAUUUUAUAAAUAUUCAUAAUGAUCUCGCCAAGCACUCUCAGUUAAGGAGGAUACAGUUAAUGGAGUUUUAAGUAACAAUUUCAGUUUUUAAAGUAGCGUGCUUAGAAGGUGGUCAAAACGGAGGAGAAAGGUGAAAAAGGGCUGCUGGCCGUGAAACAUGUUUUUCACGACAACACUACAUAUACAUGCGUAUUUGAAUGGGAUAGGUUUAUUUUGGCUUAAAAGCGUAAAACAAAAACUACCAUGCCAAUCAAAAUUUUUUUCAAUAGAAGGCAGGAUAACCAUAGUAGCAGGCCCAAAUUUGUGUAGCUUUCAUUUAAUAUUACUAAACCUAACUGUUGAUAAAGCGGCAAAUAUUCCACUGAAAGCGGCAAAAUUACCCACUGCCGGCUCAUUGACUAUUGUCUUGAAUUUCAAAGAAGCCAACCUUGACAGGAGGAAAUAUUACUUUGGAUUUGUUAAUGUAGAACAAUUUGUUAAACAGUGUGCGUGUUGGUAUAGUAAAUGAGCUUUAUAUUUAUCCGUGCUUCAACAAUUAAUUUGGCUGGAAAACAUUCGAUUCGGUUGGGCCUAAGAAGUGCAACAUGUAGCAUGUUCAAGUUGGUUUUCGGCUCAUUGCAAUGUCUAGCAAGAGAAGGCAAUUUCUUUUAAUAAGAACCAACAGGACUUUGCAGCAGUGCAAUGCAGAAGAACAUCGUUCGACCGACUGGACCUUCUUACCCAGUGAAUACAGUGUCCAGUUAGGAGAGAUGUCCGCUUAUAACCCUCCAAUAUCGAAAUACAAAUUCCCCAGACUGAUCUCCGUAUUAAUUUCCUUAAACAAUAAGUUAACAGAAUUUGUUUAAAGAUAAAUCAAUUUUGAGGGUCUCAAUGGCUUUGGCGGUUGACGGUUAAACUUUAGAGCUUUUGACGGUUGACGUUACUGAAUUAAGUGGAAAGUUUGACCAAGAGUUUAAGUAAAUGUUAACCUCUGUAUAAAUUAAUACUAACUGUUGUGUUUUGAAGGUUGAGUCUUGGCCUUUCACUCACAAAAUUUCGAAAUAUUUUCGGAUAAGAAAUAUUUUCGGAUAAGGGAAAGUUGUGUGGUCUUGUAAUGUCUAAAAAAGAGUGUUUUCGAGAAUACGGGAGCUGGGUUUUCCAGUUUAGGGACUCUUCAGGAGCCAGAAUCCCUUAAAGACCAGCUGAAGUAAUGAGAUUUGAAAUACCUUUUAAAACCUUUUUGACGGUUGACGGUAAAAAAUAACCUUUUUUGACGGUUUAUGGUUAAAUUUUAAGGAACAAGAGAUGUUUAGACGGAAGAAUAGGUACGGGGUCUACGACAUCGCCUCGGUAAUCAUAUUAGUGAGUUUACGCAACAGGACGGCAGGAAGAAGAGGACGGCAAAUCGCAUGCGCGUGACGAACGUGACAAGGCUAUUACUUGCGUGUUUUGUCGUGAUCUUCACUAACAUCAAUGUUUUCUGGUCUUUUACAAAAAGAUCUGUUUAAAGUAAAGUGAAGUUUGGCGAAAAGUUCUCUCAAACAAAAUUAUUGUAUCGUUUGUCACACAAAGUUUGGCGUCUUCUUUCCUCUUCCGUCCUGUUGCGUAAGUUCACUAUUUCGUUAGGUAAAUCAGAGGGCCAUAUCCGUGGUAGGCGUAAGGCGAGGAGUGGGGAAACCCGCGCUCUCGCGCCCUAGUGCGCCAGAUGGGAUAACGGAAAAGGUUGUCCCAAGAAGAACUGUUGUCUAACAACUCUUACCGCCGUUUAUCAAGCCCUGAAAGCAUUUCCCAUUAUUUCUAACAGGCGAUAAUCUUUACCUGAACGUAAAUGCUCAAACGGUUUGUCGUUUUGAUCCCUGCAAGUAUACCACCUGUCUUCAAGGUACUGCCGCCAAAUGUGUUGUCAACACUAGGUGCCAUCCCGUGUUUCUUGAUGCUUUUGGAAAGAUUAUGAAAUGCAAAGGUAUGAUUAUUUGUAGCAGAAAUAAUAAUGCAGAAUCAGAGAUAGGGUUGAAGGCGUCUUAGGUGAACAUUUUUUUUGGAACGCAAUUUGGUGAAGACGUGGUUGUUUAGCUAAAGCUGAUACCUUGGAAAUAAGGCUUUCACGGUGAAGCGGUGAACGGAGAACAAAACGUUUGUCGCGGAGUAGCUGGGUAGAGGGCAGUAGUCGCGGGGAAUGGGAAGGCCUGAUCACCUCAGGCAAAAAGGCUCGCACUCACGCAAAAAUUCAUCUGAAUCUUGGGAGAAAAACAUUUCGCUUUUAACACUGGAAAUUCAUGAUAUAAACGCGUUCUAAAAUGAUAUGACCGGCGACAAAAGGGGCGCAAAUAAAGAAAAACCGGUAGAACGGUAUUAAAAUGACGCCCAACGUGGGGCUCGAACCCACGACCCUGAGAUUAAGAGUCUCAUGCUCUACCGACUGAGCUAGCCGGGCGCUGUUGUGCUGGCAAGUUGCGGCAGAAUUAUAAGAUAUUUUCAAUCUCAAAUAAUUAACUGGACUACAGUUUCUUCGAAAGAAAGCAUGCACAAAAAGGCAACCAUAAAAGAAGGAUCAAAAUAUCAUUUCCGUAAGUUAUUCAGCACAUUCCUUUAUGUACUUGCAAAAAAUAAAGUAGUGGCCUAAGGAAAAAGAUGGACGCCUAACGUGGGGCUCGAACCCACGACCCUGAGAUUAAGAGUCUCAUGCUCUACCGACUGAGCUAGCCGGGCGGAAGGCGAUCACUUCAGGAGAAAAUGAUCCACUAGAUCUCUGUUAUAUCUUUAUAUCUUCUGUUUUUGGGGGCGCGCUUAGGUGAGGUAAAAAAUGACCCAUACAGAAACAACAAACAUACUUGUUGCUCUUUAAGAUGAAAAUCAUUUUAAUCAUAAUGCAAAGACACCGCAAAAGUGAAUUUUGCGAGAAUUUGAAAGCUCUUUUCAGCCCAUUCGAUAACUUAGACCGGGCUACCCGCCUUGACGGGUCACCCCACCUAUCAUGUAAACGUGAUCAAAAAUGAAAAGGUUGGACAGGCGGGACCCCACCCUAAGCGGGCUUGGGGUCCCCACCUCCAUGUAAAUAGGCCCUUAAGAUGAAAAUCAUUUGCAAAAGCUCUUUUCAGCCCAUUCGAUAACUUACUAGCAAAAAAAGAAAAGGUUAGACGCUUACCGUUAGGCUUAAGAGUCCCAUGCUCUAUUGAAUAAGCUAGCCGGACGUAUUUGAGGAAGGUGCAUCACUUUACUUUGUACCAACCAGCACAAAACUGCAUAAUUUUGAAUGUUUUAACUAAAAGAAAUCAAAGGUAUAUAUAAAUAACCUACCUAACCUUCCCCUCCCCUAAUACAACGUUAACACUAACUUCUAAUUUAUGACAAAAUGUUGGGUAAGGGGAGAGGUGCAUAGGCAGUUUCUCAGAAUCUUAUCCUGAUCCCACUAUUCGCCACACAAAAUGGAGUAAACUCACAGGUAGGCUAUUCUGUUUUUCUGCACAGGUGUAUUCAAGGUCCCAGCCAGGUACAUCUGUGGUUAUGACCCUUGUAGUGGGGCCACUUGCACUUCGGAUCCCACAGCACGUUGUCUCGUGGACCAUACUUGUAAAUCAAUGUUCGUCAAUGCCUAUAACCAGAAGACAAAAGGCUGCAGAGGUUAGUAAAGGUAUUUGGUUGUCUGAGUUAGGAUGACAGUGGUCUUAUAACACGCACAGCAGGAUCCAGUUGUUCGAUGGCCGAUUAGCGCUAACUCAGCGUUAAAUUAAAAUGCGGAUUGAAAGUCUGGGAAAUUUUCUCUGCUCUUUUUAGCGCAUCCAGUCAUCAAAUUGUAGACAAAAAGAAUUAAACCAAGUAAAUCUAUAUGUUUGAAAUUUCGCACUAACGGUGGAAUAUUUCGCCUAGGUUGGGCGAGUUAAGGAAUGAGUUCUGAUUUUUAUAAAACAAACAAACAUAGCCUGAAAAACAACUGACAUUUAACGACGCCACCACAGGUUUCCCCGCGAAAUGACGUCUGAGACACGAGGGCAAAAUUCCACCCUGAUGACGUAUCGCUAACCAGAUUUGGGUAGUGCUUCUGAUAGGGUUGAAGCAAAUUUCUUUCACGGCAGGACCAACUGGAAGCAAUACCCAGAACUGGGUACUAACACGUCAUCAUUAUGGAAUUUCUGCGCUCUUGUCUCAGACGUCUCUUGCCGGGAAACCAGUGGGGGAGUCGAGAAUUGUCGGCUGUUUUCUCAGGCUAAAAAAACAAUAACAAAAAGUAGCAGCGGAGAAAGAGGGGUCUCAUGUUUAAUCAGCUAAUGAGUUCCAUUAUUUCGUUGGAUAAAAGGGAGCGAGGUAACACUGUUUAUGACUGCCUCUUGUUGUAUGAAAAGUAAUUAGAUUUGCUUUGGAUUUGUUUUAUAGGACUUUGUGGUUAGCCUGAACACUAAGAAGGGUUAUAUGCCCGAAAAGUUUGUUUCUUCAAAGACAUUUAUUACACUUUUUUCUUAAUUUGUUACAAUAUCAUCUUAUGAGCUUUUAGUCAGAAAGUCGUUCUUAUUUAUCACCUCUUAUUUAGCUCGUCACCACAUUAUCAAAGACGAUGAAGACGGGGAGCAAGUCAGCGAGGAUGAAAAUGCUAGCGAUGAUGAAGAUCAGUUAAACAAAUUGGUGGAUUCAAAAUUAAACGGUGAUGACAAAGAUACUGAUAGUGAAGAUGAAGACGAUGCUGACGACGAUGGCGCACGUUUAAGAAAAUUGAUGCGUAGUGCAAAGCUUAGCACCCGUGAAAAAUCCAACAAUAACGAUGAUGAUGAUGAUGAUGAUGAUGAUGAUAACCAAAAGUCAAAGGAUAGUGAGGAAGGGGUUGAGAGUAUCGAAGAUAAUAGCGACAAUGAAAUUGUAGCCAAGUUGUUGAAGUCAAAGCUAAGAGGCAAAGAAAAAAUUAACUAUAACAAAGAUGAUGAUGAUGACGAUGAUGAUGAUGAUAGUUUACAAACCGAAGAUAAACUUGCCAGUUCAAAAGAAGACGCCAGUGAUGAAAAUAGCGAUGGUGAUGAUGACAACAUUGAUGCCAACAAUUCUAACGAAACCGACGACAACAAAAAGCGAAGUAAAUUUCCGUUGAGAUUUAAACCUCCAAAAUUGAAGGAUACCCACAAAAAAGUUAAGAAGAGCAGAUUCAGACAUCCUAAGAAAAAACCAAAGCAUUUGAAAUCGAAGCAUAAGCGAUGGUUAGAGACUGCAAGCUGA